AUCAUCGAACAUUUUUAGAAUUUAUUUCAAGACAUUCGCUUCUCUCCCUUGUGGCUUGUUGUCUUUUCCCAACUGAAUUUAAUCAUUUAUAUGGAGUAGAAACCUUUUUGUUUGAUCUACAAAGCGUUGUAGGGCCUUCGAAAUUUUUAGGAUCACGGGAUUCCUUGCUUGGAAUGGUCGACGAUGAGCACAACGGAAAAAGCUCCACGUCAGAUGGCGCAAAGUGGAGACAACAAAGCUCGUCGCCCGUUGCCACCACUUCCUCACCAAGACUUCAGUACAGGUGCAGAGUUCACACCAAGCAAUGGGGACGAUAACGAUCCUGACACCCACAUGUACAAUUACGUCGACAAAGAUGAAAUCAACCGACAGUUGUCUCUACAACAGACAAACAGUAAUGAUGAACAACCAUCCGGUGAAGGGACGGACAGACGGCAAGUAACUGUGGGCCGGAAAGUCGUCGGCUUGCUUCACAACCAAAUGUAUGGACCUCACGCUUCACCACAGGAAGAUAACAGAGGUGCAGAGUUCACACCAAACAAUGGGGACGAUGACGAUCCUGACACCCACAUGUACAAUUACGUCGACAAAGAUGAAAUCAACCGACAGUUGUCUCUACGACAGACCAACAGCAAUGAUGGACAACCACCCGGUGAAGGGACGGAUAGACGGCAAGUAACUGUGGGCCGGAAAGUCGUCGGCUUGCUUCACAACCAAAUGUAUGGACCUCACGCUUCACCACAGGAAGAUAACGAAGGAAACAAAACCGAAAUUACAAAUGAAGGCCACGUACACAGCAAUGUCGACACAGAUGGGAUCAACAAUCUUCGACAGCAAUUAGAUGAUCCUGCAGUUACAGACCGCAACAAUCCUGGCCUCAUUAACAAUAUGAUGAAAUAG